AUGAGUUCUCAUUAUUUAGGCCAUGCUUUCGAUAUUCAUGGCGGGGGAAAGGAUUUGAUCUUCCCUCACCAUGAAAAUGAGCUCGCGCAAAGUCGAGCUGCUUGUCCAGAAAGCAAUGUGAACUAUUGGAUGCAUAAUGGCUUCGUCAACCGGGAUAAUCAGAAAAUGUCCAAGUCAGAUAAUAACUUCUUCACAAUCCGAGAUAUAAUUGAGAAAUAUCAUCCUUUAGCAUUAAGGUUCUUCUUAAUGCGGACACACUACCGGGCAGAUGUGAAUUACUCUGAUAGACAGCUUGACACCGCAUCGGAUCGUGUCUUCUACAUAUAUCAGACUAUACAUGACUGUGAAAAGGCUCUAUCCCCAUUUCGUGAAGGAAAUAUCAAAGGUCAGAUUCCAGAUGAUAUCAGAGAACUGGUCAAUAAGUUCCCCACCAAUUUCACAGCUUCUAUGUCUGAUGAUUUGCACACUACUGCUGUUCUGGAUGACCUAAUGGAACCUCUGAAGGCAAUCAACAGCAAUUUGAAGAAAUUUAAGCACAUCUAA